AUGAGAGUUUCUCGAGAGUUGGCGGCGGUGGCGGUGUGGAUGGGGCUUGCGGGCGUGCUGGCGGGGCUGGUGGCGUGGACGGUGCAGAAGAACUUCGACGACAAUCGCAAGGCGGAGCUCGACACCUGGUGCGCCGGUCGCGCGCGCUCGCUGCAGCAGCAGUUCAUGCAGACCGCGGACCACGUGCAGGUAGACGCGCCGACACGUGCAGCGCGACUGCCGCUCCACCCCUCUGCCGUCUUUCAUCCACCCAUCUCCCCAUACUCGUCUUUCCCUCACCCACCUCUAUCUUCUCUCAGCUGUCUUCCCCUCACCGACCUCCCACAACCCAUCUCCCUUCACCCAUCUUCCCCCCACCUAUCUCCCCCAGCCAUCUUCUUCUCCCCACUUAUCUUCCUGCCCACUUUUCCUCCCACCUAUUCUCCCCCAACCCUACGCACCCAUCUUCACCCAUCUCUCCCGCCAUCCUUCGCACUGGCAGGGCUUUUGACAGUGUUUGGUGGGGUGCGGGAGAACCCGUGGGGCGUGGCGGGGUGCAUGAGCCAGGAGCAGUACGCGCAGUACGUGCACGCCACUGUGGCCGCGAGGCCCUGGGUGCAUGCUGUCAUCUACCUCCUCCUCCUCAACCAUACCGACAGGGCGGUGUAUGAGGAGCAGAUGCGGUGCAGAGUGGUGGACUUCAUGGACCGCGCGCGCCCCCCAGCGGGCUGGUACAUGCCCAUGCGCUACUGGUACAGCGAGGUCCCCCUCGCCACCAUGCUCGCCGGCACGCCCUGCAAGGACGCGCGCACCAACCCCUCGUACGGCCCGCAGCUGGGCGGCAUGGUGGAGAAGGUGGACCGCUGGCUCACCACGCCGUACGUGCUCGACAAUGGCAACGCUGGCAUCGGCAUGACGUUUCCGCUCUUCCGAGCCGGCGUGUCUACGGGGUCGGCCUUGGCAGAGCGGCAGAGCGCGUUGAUCGGAGCCAUGGGGGCGUCGGUGGACUUGAAGCGCCUCGCCAGCGCCAUCAUCCUGGACGUGCUGCAGGACGUGAACUACAUGCUUGAGAUCUACGACAUCACAGACACCUUGGCAUCGCCCCCGUCAUGCCCGCGCCUGCUGUACGGCGUGGGCGACUUGCCGCAAGGCGACCCGAAGCAGGUGUCCAAGGUCAUUCCGCCCUCCACCGCCGCCAUGCUGCAGCCGUACCGCCACAAGGCCGUGCACCCACUCAACCUCACCGACCCAUCUCGCACCUUCCAAGUCUGGUGCCGCUUCGCAGGGGCAGACGAGGCACGCAGUUGGGUGGCGGUCGUGCUGGGCGUGGUGAUAGUGGUGGUGGCGGCACUGCUGGUGGGCAUUGCAGUGAGCGUGGUGCGCAACACACGGCGGGCGAGGAGGAAGACGGCGGUGGUGGAGGGCUUGAAGGAGAGCACGCAGCACAAGGAGCACAACAAGAGCGCCUUCAUCGCCACCACCUCGCACGAGCUGCGCACGCCCAUCAUCGGGAUGAAGGGCAUGCUAGAGCAGCUGGCGGAGGGGCACACAGAGGGGGAGAUGGAGGAGGACGUGUGGACAGCAGUGGAGGAGGCGGAGCGGGUGCUGCUGCUGGUGAACACGGUGCUUGACAUCUCCAAGGUGGAGGCGGGGCACAUGCAGCUCGAGCGACUGCCCUUUGACCCGCGUGCCUGGCUGCUGGGCGCCCUGCAGCAGCACGGCGCCAGAGCUGCUGAAGCCGGGCUGCAGUUCACGUGGCAUGUGGAUACGAGUGUGCCCGAGGUGCUGGAGGGGGACUACAUGCGCCUGCAGCAAGUGCUGGACAGCAUCGUGGACAAUGCCAUCAAGUUCACGAGCAGUGGAGGCGUGUGUGUGCGGCUGCAGUGCCUUCCCCCCGACACCCACAUCCCCACCCACCUGCUCUCCCUCGGCUGCCUCCUUGCUGACGCCACCCCCUGCUGCCCCCCUGCUGCUGUUGCUACUGCUAAUGGCACCAGUGCUGCAACCGCCACUCCUGAGGUUGCGCCGUGCAAUGGUGCUGAGGAGCUUGUAGUGCCUUGCUUUGGGCAGCACAUGGGGCAUGGGCGGCUUGCGUGGGCAGCAGUGAGACAAUGCUGUGAGCAGGCCCAUGCUGCCACCCAUCAGAGACACCUGCAGGCAGCGAGAUGA